CUCCUUCCUCUCUUCCUUCCUCUCCCGGCGGGCUUGCAGGCGCCCUUCCUUCCGCCGGGCGCGAUGGGGCCGGGGCGCGGGGCGGCCGCGGCGCUGCUGGCGUUGCUGUGCGCGGGGUGCGCGCUGCGCUCGGGGCGCGCCCAGUACGAGCGCUACAGCUUCCGCAGCUUCCCGCGGGACGAGCUGAUGCCGCUCGAGUCGGCUUACCGCCACGCGCUGGACCAGUACAGCGGCGAGCACUGGGCGGAGAGCGUGGGCUACCUGGAGAUCAGCCUGCGGCUGCACCGCCUACUGCGCGACAGCGAGGCCUUCUGCCACCGGAACUGCAGCGCGGCGCUCGAACCCGAACCCGAGCCCGAGCCCGAGCGCGCCGCCGCCCUGGCGCGCCACCCCGAGCUGCGCCUCUUCGGGGGCCUGCUGCGCCGCGCGCACUGUCUCAAGCGCUGCAAGCAGGGCCUGCCCGCCUUCCGCCAGUCGCAGCCCAGCCGGGACGUGCUGGCCGACUUCCAGCGCCGCGAGCCCUACAAGUUCCUGCAGUUCGCCUACUUCAAGGCAAAUAAUCUUCCAAAAGCCAUUGCCGCGGCCCACACCUUCCUUCUGAAACAUCCAGAGGAUGAGAUGAUGAAGAGGAACAUGGCCUAUUACAGGAGCCUGCCCGAUGCCGAGGACCACAUCAAAGACCUGGAGACCAAGUCCUAUGAGAACCUGUUCAUUCGUGCCGUGCGGGCCUACAAUGGGGAGAACUGGCGCACAUCCAUCACCGACAUGGAGCUGGCCCUGCCUGACUUCUUUAAGGCCUUUUAUGAUUGUCUGGCAGCCUGCGAGGGCUUCAGGGAGAUCAAGGACUUCAAGGAUUUCUAUCUGUCCAUAGCAGAUCAUUACAUAGAAGUUCUGGAAUGCAAGAUACAGUGCGAAGAGAGCCUCACACCUGUGGUUGGGGGCUACCCAGUGGAGAAAUUUGUGGCUACCAUGUAUCACUAUUUGCAGUUUGCUUAUUAUAAGUUGAAUGACCUCCAGAACGCAGCCCCCUGUGCUGUUAGCUACCUGCUCUUCGACGCCCAGGACAAGGUCAUGCAGCAGAACCUGGUGUAUUACCAGUACCACAGGGACAAGUGGGGCCUCGCCGAUGAGCACUUCCAGCCCCGGCCGGAAGCAGUUCAAUUCUUCAAUGUGACGACACUCCAGAAAGAGCUGUAUGACUUUGCGAAGGAGAACCUCAUGGAUGAUGACGAAGGAGAGGUAAUUGAAUAUGUGGACGACUUCCUGGAGACGCAGGAGACAGGCUAGUCACGGCAACCAGAGACCUGCCUUGGACAUUCUGGAAGCAGUCUGUGUCUUCCUUUGCUCGAUAGGCCGCGUGGCCGAUACCUCAAGGUCUUCUCUUUCCUCUGUGAUGUGGAAGGAAAGGCCCCAUUUCUCACUACACACAGCCCAGGGUGAGCCUGCCGUUCCUGUGUCCACAUCGCCUGUCCAUCUUCACCCCUGCCUCCUGUGUCCAGACCCUCAUCUUCAUUGUCACCCCAGUGUUUCCCGUGUCCACAUCAUCUUCCCCCUGUUCACGCUGGCCUUCCUUGCCAUUUUGGGUAGAAGCAGUCUUCGUGGUUUGUUGUUUUCCCCAGGCAGGAAAAAACAAAAAACAAGACAAAACAAAACAAACCCCCAAACAGUAUUUUUAAAUAAGAAAAAUACUUGAAAAAGAUUAUUAUGAAAACCUAAUUUGAUCUUCCUGGGCACCCAAGACUUUAGAACUUUAUCCCUAUUUCCUGAACCAGAAAAGAUGGCGGAGGUGCUCUUCUGC